GGGACUCAUUAUUAUUGUUUGAAUCGUAAUUCGCACUUUGCAAUUAGUCCCCUCCCGUUUUUUUCCCUCACAAUGGUAAAUAUACAUAUAUAAACACAUAUAUGGCAUCCAAGCAUUGUGAUUGAGUUGACAAGCACGAGCGACGGUGCCAUAUGCUGGUAAUUACAAGAGCCAAAAGAAGAAGUAUGCCUUGCCUGUAUAUUUCGACGAACGUGUGCUUGGAGGGGAUCGACACAGCUCCCAUUUUCUCCGAAGCCACCAAAGCCGUUGUCUCCCUCACCGGCAAACCCGAAAAUUAUGUGAUGGUCUUACUGAAGGGGUCAGUGGACGUUAGUUUGGCUGGGACCAAGGAACCGGCGGCCUACGGGGAGAUAGUCUCCAUGGGUGGCAUCAACACUCAUGUCAAGAGGCAGCUCAUUGCUUCCAUCUCUUCAAUCCUACAAACCUAUUUGUCGGUCCCGAGGACUCGGUUCUUCCUCAAAGUCCACGACCUGAAUGUCGGACGCAAUGUUGUUACUCCCAAACUGUGAUGAUCUGAGAAGAACCGACGAACACGACAAAUUGGGAUCCUAUACAUCAAGUGAUGAUCAUAACAAGUAGCUUUUUGUUUUAUGCUCGGUAUUAUUGUGAGGAUCAUAUAUCUCACUCAUGUGCGUGUCUGUGAUUUGGUACAACUUGUUAGUGACCAUACAUGUCCAACCUGAAGAAGGCAGAAUAUAUAAUGCGUUUUUUGGGUCUAUAUAUGUCAAUUAGAUUCAAUUAGAUAAUUAUAAUUAUCUUAUUGAAACAA